AUGACCCCGGAGAAAGAUGAGCUCAUAUCAGCACUUUCACUUGUGCACUUUGCGAAUUGUUUUGUCUUACUGGAAAAAGAUCAGGAGCAUCUACUCCCAGACAAGAAUGACUUCAUCUACCUUCCAAACAACGAAGAGAACAUCUUCCGGUCUAUCGAAUUCGACCCAAUGAUACUCCGGUUUCACGGGCGAAAGGCGAUCGCAUUCAGAACCACGUCAGAAAAGGCGAAAAAGUUCAACUCGCUUUCAAGAGAAGAGAUCAAGAAAAACAUUCAGACAACCAUCAAGAGAGUAUUUGGAUUUGAUGCGAAUAUUGAAAACUUUUCGAACCCAACUUGGGCUGCACAAGAAAACUUCCAGGGCUGCUAUACGAAUGUGGCUCUGUGUCCGGGAAAGACAUUUGACGAGUUUUACUCGCGUCUGAACGUUCCAUUAGUUGAUAAUUUUUACAUGAUUGGAGAGGCUUUCGAUGGAUCGAAUGCUGGUUAUGCGCAUGGAGCGUACCUAACUGGAGUCAACUCAGCAGAACAAAUUCUUAGAUUACUGAAUACUGAGGAUAAUAAAGAAAGAUAA